UUCGAAUUUCAAGACCACUACAAUACAUGCCGGAUUUUGACAAGUCUCCUUUUGCAAGAAAGAGGCUAAUGUUUAUAUACAGCUAUUUCAAAAAAGAAGCUUGUCAAAAGAAGUAUUUGACUUCAGGCCCGCAAUUUGUAACAACAUCUUUUGAGAGCGAGCAUUUUUAGGAAUCAGCCAUCCAGUCGAUUGCCACCUGAGAGAUCGAUAAACCAGGGUCAGGAAACCAGAACGAUUGCUAACAAUAAGCCAUACAAUGCAGCAGGGCAGUAAGAUGAAUUAAAUCAGCCAAGGGACUAGACAAGGUCCUUAACCUUCUUUAGAUACUGUAAACUUUAAGAAGCUGACAAGAAUAAGGAAAUCAUCUCCGGAACGAGAUUUUAAUUAUAUCGUAGAACGUUAACGACGAUCGAAGAGAUAGCUGUGCUGUCGCUAGUGAGCAAGAACUGCAAACAGAGUAACAUUAAUUUCUUGGGGUAUAUUUAAGUGACAACGACAGGAUUAGAGUGACAAAAGCAACAAUUUCUUGUCACUAAGUGCAGGAUCUAUGUAAUUAAUGGAAAUGCUUUGUUAUUAAGGAUAAUUAAUCCUGGAUCAUAACUACGGCAAAAUAUUUCUCGAGAGCAGACUUUCUCAGCGAGUCCCCUCAAUCUAUGGAUGCCAAUGGUAGUAGCCAUUUGACAAAAACACAGAGAAGCGAAAGUCACUCAGUUCUUAUCCAGGACGAUGAUAAUAACAAUGACAACGAAACUGUAGUUGGAGAGUCUAUCAGGUCUUCGCGUUGUUCGUCUCUGGCAUGGUCUGAUACUGCUACGGAUUCUAUCAAAACUGCUAAUCAAUUUAGAAGUUUAGAACGGCGCUCAUCGGUAGAGAAUUUCGGCCAGUUUGGAUUUCUGGUUCCAGCUUUAGCAUUGUUUCCACAUGCUGAUGGGGCUGAUGCACUCACCCAACAGUUUGGAGACCUGCAAGGUAAACACAGAGAACUCAAGCUGGCAGCAGCACAUAUAGAUGAUGCUUUGAACGGAAGGGGUGGUUAUGGUAAAGCUAGAUCGUACUUCAAGCCUCCUCUGGCACGAAGGUGCUUCAAGAUACUCAAUAACCCAUGGUUUCGUAAAAUUAUGAUGUUUAAUAUUCUCCUUCACUCGUUAACCAUCUUCUUUGAGCCUCCGUCAGUUUCUUUACAAGAGAUCUCCCCAUUCGUCUUUAUACUGGAUAUAUUUUGCAUAAUUGUCUAUGUAUUUGACUUGGCUGUUAACAUCACAUUUCUCACGUGGCCUGUGUUUUGGUCUCGCAAAGCUGAACCUUGUGUCUGGAAUGGGAUACAGUUUGUACUUGUAUGCAUGUUUAUUAUGGAUUUCGUUUUGUUGAUUAUAUCGGCUUUGACUCAUACAUACAUUCCACAAGUAUUUCGCUGUUUCAGACUAGCCGUUCUGCUCUGCAAAGCAAAGAACAUUAGGCAUAUAUUGAUGGUUCUUCUAACAAUAGGUUUUAAAUUAUCAAAGGUUUUUGCCAUAAUAUUUGUCUUCGUGUGGGUUUCAUCCUGCAUUGGUCUCUACCUGUUAAUGGAUGUCUAUGAAYGCCGACACGUGCCUAAUUCAACAGCACAGAUUACUACUUACCAGGGGAAAGAUAUUCCAUGCACAGUACAAAGUAAAGAGCAAGUUUACAAUGGUACUUUUGAUCACGUUGGGCUCGGAAUGUUACGGUUAUUCGUUUUGCUCUCCACGGAAAACUACCCGGAAGUGAUGUUACCGUCCUUGCGAGUGCAGUCUUGGUACUUUUUCUUUUUCGGUUCUUAUGUCUUUUUUGGUGUGUUUUUUCUGACUGCCAUCAUUCUCGCCAUCGUCGUGGAUAGCUACUGGGUAUUUUCUAAGAAACACGUGAAAAAAGAAAGAGCAAGAGAAAGAGCAGAGCUUGCAAAAGCGUGGAAUCUUUUAGAUCCACUAGGACUUGGUGCGUUGAGCAUUCAAGAUGAGAAAUUCGUAGAGCUUUUUCGCCUUCUAAAGCCUAAGAACCACGACGAAGAGAACAUACAGCUUAUUGAGAUGCUAGACACAAACGAAGAUGGUGAAGUCGACUCUUUUGAAUGGACCACCAUGUUAAGCCAGGUGCUGGGCUACGAAUUCGAAGAAGAAGAUGAACUAACUUUUGAUGACUUUCCAUGUACGUUUAAGUGUUUCUAUGGGAUUAGAGAUGUCGCUGUACAAAUAGCAGAGACAAUCUUGUUCACUCGACUGAUUCUGAUCUUGAUAAUAAUUCAUUGCAUCAUAUUCUCUUUAAAACGGAAAGGACAAAGUUACGAAGAAGAGUUUAUCCUACAAGUUUUAAGGUCCAUUAUUGUGACGAUAUUUAUGUUCGAGGGUAUUUUGAGGUGUAUUGUUCUCGGCAAGAAGAUCAUCUCUCUUCUUGAACUCAUGGAUGUCACUCUGAUAUUGAUAGCAUUCUGCGCUAACUUGGCAUGGUACACGUCUAAUGGUUCUCGAUCUUAUUUCCACGACUACACUACUCUUGUUUCCUGUUUGGCCGUGUUUUGUCGUUUGCCGUUCAACAAUUCCCAGCUAAAGCGCGCCAUUGAGGUGUUUAUUAGAAUAGCACCUGUCAUGGUUGAUCUUAUAUUUCUUUUAUUUAUUAUAUUAUAUCUCUUCGCUGCUGUUGGCAUGGAGCUAUUCAGGAACCCACCAGUACUUGAGAAAGAUGGACAUAUGUACCUGGAGACAUGUGGAAUAGGAUUUAAUACAUUUACUUGUGCCUGUUAUAUACUAUUUCAAAUGGUUACCACAAGUAAUUGGCAUGAAAUUAUGAAUUUGGUUAUUUCAUCGACUGGUCAAUACUGGACAAGUCUCUAUUUCGUGUUGGCCUAUAUUCUUCUUAACAUGGUAGUUAUGAAUCUUUUUGUAGCUAUCGCUAUUGAAGCGUUCAACAAGCUUGCUACCCUGGAAGAACAACAACACCCAGGUGUGGGAAGACAUAUCUCCGAUCAGAGACCAACUACAGCUGUAAAGACGUCGGUGAAAUCCCAGGCUGUAGAAGUCCUCAACAGUUUUGCAAGUAGUAUCUUUGGCAGUGCUCGAGCUGAGCAAGUUGUAGAAAGAAGGCAGUCAUUGGCACCUUCGAUUAGUGGCGGGCGGGGAGGAAACCUUAAGAGAGGAUCUAUAGCUGUACCUAAGACUGGUGCUACCUUAUCAGAAGAGGAUGAAAAAUCUGAGGAUGAUAAAGAUAAUGACAAAGACAAGCGUGAACGCAAGCUAAAAAAGCGAAUGAAAGAAAAAAAGAAAACUAAACGAAAGUUAAGUGACGCAGGAAACAAGGUUCGAGUUGUUACCACGUUUAAAGGAGCAUGCAACACCGACCUCGACUUGACAGUAGGAGAUGAAAUUACAAUUAUACAAAAGACAGAUAACUGGUGGCAGGGAUAUUGUAAAAAUAGAAUUGGUUGGUUUCCAGCAUCUCAUGUUGUCAUGGGAACAGUGAAGGCUAUUCCCGAAUACCACAAGCGCGGCAAGAAGAGUGCUCAGGAAAAUGAGUCAGACGCCGAAGAACUAGAAAAAACUCAGGUAACGGAACUUACCACAGAAAAAAGUCUUCCGCCUCCUUUCGUUCCUGAGAACUCGUUCAUGAGAGAAAGAGCUUCCACACUUUCCAAUCUGCCACCAGGGACUCCUCCUGUCAGAGGAAGGGUGAAGGUCAAGAAAUCUGGAAACUGGCGAAAAGAGAUAUUGGGCGAGAUGACGGUCAUGAACGCUGAAGAGAUGCGAGAACUAAACAACAUCAUGCGAGCAGAGCUGCGCACGCCUGUUGGACGAUCACGAUCCAAAAAACUGAGUACAAUUGGUUGGGAAAGCGGAGAAAUGAGGGAUUCAGUGUUUCUGGAGGAAAACGAGCACAUUGAUUUAGGGGAAGGUUCAAGACCAACAAGUGCGCGGUCGAUUGAACCCAGACCUUUCUCAGGUCGGUACCAUUCUCCAAGUAGUCCCGGCCAUGGUCGGAAUACAGUUCGACCAAUCAGUGAUCAGUUACCCUCGUCAAGACAUGGUGAUCUACCCGAGAUCAAAUCAAAACCAAAAGUUCCUGACUUGUUUGUCGCUCCUGGCACUCCGACUAGUCGUCGAAAGUCCGAACAACGAAGAGAGUCUCAAAAUGUUGUACAACGAUUGGAGGUGAAAAAUAAACCGUCCCCUCUCCCACCAAAAAUGAAAGGCAAACCAAAACCAGAUAAAAAGAAAAAUGGUGAGAUGCCUGAUUGGAUGGUCAAAUUUGUCAAUGAUAAAAAACUAACUGUCGGUGAUGAUGUGAAGCUCGAUGAGACAAAACAGCAAAAAGGAAGGAGAAGUUCGUCAACUGCGGGGCUAUCUACGCGUACUGGGACCACUUCUYCUAAGUCUUCUACGGGUACUGGGACACUGAAAAGUACUACAGCAACAGCCAAGUCUAGGUCUACUGGGAACAUACCUAGUGAUGUAGAAACAACCCAGGGGAAAAAGAAAAACAGUCCUCAGAUUAGGAAAAAGAGUUUAACAUCUACUGCUGUGCCUGGGAAAGUGAAUGUGUCGAGUGCAACAACGAGUCGCAUUUGGGAUAAUAGAUAAUGACAAAUGAAGAACCUUCUCUACUCGUUUGAGCCCGCAGUAACAACUGUCGCUGCAUGUUUCUACAUAAGAGUGUCAAGUGCCGCAAUGAUAUUAAAUAAUGCAGAUAAAAGUGAUCUGGCAUUGUUUUACACAGUGUCCUCAGUUGUUCAGCAGAUAAUAAAAUCAGUUUCUUAAAAAGAUUACAACAUCUGUUAAUCGCUGUGGCUGGAUUAGAACGGGCAAAUCCAUACACUAGGUUUAGGGAGGCUUAGAUUUAAUUGAAAAAAUGAACCCAUUAUGUUCCAUACGGAUAACGAUAAUAAUUAUAGAAAAGAAAUUAUCCUGUCUCUUCGUUUUCAAUUUCGGUCGAAUCGAUCCGGCUAGAGCGAGCAGCAGUAAUCAAAUAGGAAAACCAUAAUGAUAACAAUUGAUAUUCCAAAACUCUAAACGAAUAAGCCUGGGUAUGCUCCUCUUAAAAGUUAUCACGUGGCAAAUAACGAAGUCUCGAAUUUUCAUACAAAGUGUUUAACACCUGUCUUUGUGCCUGGAAAAGAGAGUACACAUGCAUGCAUCGAGCUGGAACCAAGAUCAGUCGAGUCAUAGAAUAUUUUAUGAUAAUAAAAUCGUUUUUUAC